AUGUCUAGUUCAGAUAAUGAUUUCGAUGACGAUGACGAUGCGUUACUACAGGAUGUUUUAUAUGGAAGAACUCAAGUUCCUGUGGUUGCAAAUGUCCAACCAACUUCCAAUCCUAAUCCCAUGAUACAACCAACCACUCAACACACCCCAACAUUACUAGAUGACAAAGUCCAGGCUAGGUUAUUUCAAGCAGAUGGAGAAAUUGCAACUUUACGUGCACAACUAUUACAACUACAGAACCAAAAGCAAAAAGAAGUUGCUGACUUGAAGGACACGUUCAAUACGUUUAAACAAAGUACAGAAGAUCAAGUAGCCCUGUUGAAGAAUACUGUUCAACGAUUAGAAGAUGAAAAGAGAUUUUUAAGUAAUGAAUUGAUAACCACCAAUGAUUUAAAACGAAGGAAAAUAGUUCAAAACAAAGUGACACCACCAGUUGUUCUGAAUUCUCCUCAUAAUGAGGAUAGUAUCAUUGAAGAACCAGUCAUUUCCGUUCAACCAAAUAAUGAAAUCUCAAUAGUAUCAUCAGAGCCCGAAAUUACAGUCAAACCAAUACAGAAAAUCAUCAAACUACAAAAUGAUUCAUCUUUACUCAUAGAUCAAUUAUGGAAUCAUAGCAUUAUUGGAAGUAAGAGAACUUCAUUUGAAUAUUUAAGUAAGAUUUGUAUUGACAUGGAUUUGACUUUAAGUUCUGGAUUGAAAAUAGUCAAAAGAACUUCUUUAUCCUCAGGUAUUGUCGAAUUUUUAAUGAUCAACAAAAACAAUAGAUUGGAUAAAUUAGUAGAAAAUUUCACAUUAUCAUUGAUUCAAUUAAUUGAGAAAUUACUAAAACUGAAGAGUAUCUUAAGUGUGCCCUUUUUGAUUUCAUUAAUUCAUUGUUCGAUUAAUUUCAGACCAGCCGCACUUACAAAGUCUUUAAUUUCACAGUUAUUGAAGAGAGUUUCCAAAAUAGCUGAAGGCUGGGCAUUUUUAUUAGAUUCUAACUUGGAUGAAGAUGAUCUUGCAAAUUACCAUGAAGUGCCAUAUCAAGUAAUGGUAUUGGAAAAAUUUAUUUUCACUUGUUGUCUAGAUUUAAUUGAGAGACUAGUCACUGUGUCAACUAUUUUUGAACCGGAUUUCAUAAAAGCUAUUUGGCAAAAACAAAUACUUUCCCAAACGUUGGUUAAAUCAUGUUUACCUGAAAAUUCAGAGAGAUUUAAAAACACAGUUCAAAUAAAUGCUGUUUUCAAUAUUGUGGAAAUGCUUGGUGCUUCCAUCACAGAAGACACUUUUGCAUUUAAUGAAACCAAAUUAGAUGAGAGUAUCAUUAGUUCGCUACUAAAAGUAUUUUUGAUCGAUAUCCCACUACGACAAGAUUUUAUGUUUUAUGGGCUUAAUAGAAUACUUGGAAAUAAUUUGGAUUUUCUCAAAAUUAAUUCCAUGAUUCCUGUUGAUCGUGAUCAUUUGAACAACUAUUUGGUGGUACUUCCACAACCAAUUCCUUUCAAUAUGGCGAUUCCAUCAAAAUUUGGUAUUGACAUGAACCAUGAAUAUCAUUUAUUCACAUUAAGAAUCAAAGUUGCUCAGCUAUUGUUAGGCCUUAUUAUAACCAAACAAACGUUUGACUUUUUAUACAAGAAAGAACAUUUCAAGUCGAUGAUACGUGUGAUUGGAUUUGAGCAAAACUAUAUUGCUAGAAACCCUAGGUCCAAACAUGUUCAUUUACGAUUACAAUUGAUUGCCAUUUUAGUUAGAAUAAUAGAUUACCUAACACAGGAUUUACGUGAUGCUAGUGAAUUGAUUUAUGGGGAACAAAUGUAUGAAAUAUUUGUUGUUUUUCUGAGAAUUGCAUUUGGUGCUGAUUCAUUAUCAAUUGAAGCACAUAAUUUAUUAAUUAAAAUCAGAUCCCAACCAAAAUUUGUUGAUUUCCCGGUGUUUAAUAAAUGGUGUGAAAAUAGAGCAUUAGAGUUGAACCAUAUCACACCACAAACCAGCAAUGGUGAAACGAUAGCUAAUAUUGAAAGUGAUUUUGCUAAUGGACUUGAAUUUCCGUAUGAAUCGGAUACAGUUGAAUUGGCUAGAGAUAUAUUGAAUCGAUUUGUGGAUCAUGAUGAAGCAGAUAACUUAUACUUUAACAUGAAUCCCGAAGAAGAUGGUUCUGACCAAGAGAUGGAAUUCUUAUAG